UUCGAAUGAGGCCUAGAGUGCUGGCCCCCAGCUCCCCGGCGGCCCUCCCUCGGCCCCCUCCCAGGUCGCAGAGGUGCCUCUCUCCCCGACUUCGUCCAGAAACAUCGUCUCCCAGACUCCGACCCUCCCUCCCUGGCCAAGUCCGAGUACCUGGCGACGCCUCCAGACGCAGCCUGCCCGGCUAACCCAGCGGCCGAAACCCACCCGUCGUCGCCAUGGCAUGCAGUUUGCAGAAGCUGUUCGCUGUGGAAGAGGAGUUUGAAGAUGAGGAUUUCUUGUCUGCUGUGGAGGAUGCAGAGAACCAGUUUGCUGGGCCAAGCCUUGUGACUGGUGGGUGCCUGAGACCUGGCUCUUCCAGGCUGCAGGAAGCUGUGCAGGUCCAGUCUUCCACGCAGCUGCCGUCAUGCCCCACUGCUUCUUCAGAGGCCUCGGGCCUGCCAGCCCCGGGGCUCCUCCUUACUACCUCCAGCAUGCCCAGGGCUGCCAGGGCUCCACCUUCCACAGGAAUACUUCCCCUGAGGCCUGUCUCUACUUCCAGCAGCUGGACUGGUGACCAGAAAAGCAUGACACUAACAGAAGUGCUCAAAGAACCAGCAAGACCCCAGUCCUCAGCCUCUUACCCCCUGCUUACCUUUGAGAGCGAACAGCAGGUGAUUGGUGGCUUUGAGGGGUCUGAACAAGAUGAAUUCGAUAAGGUGUUGGCAAGCAUGGACCUGGAGGGGCCUGGCGUGGAGGUGGCACUUGGAGUCAGCAGUGAGGGCACAGCAGUCCUGCCUACCUGGCAGCAGGAGGACUUAGUAUUGGCUAAAAAGGCCCGAGUAGCUGCUCUGAGCCGAUCUUGCCAAAAGGGGCCCAUGCCCGCCACCCACAUAACUGGUAUCAUUUCAGCCCAGGGUGAUCCUUCAGGGCCUGUUGUCCACUGUGGGACCCCACAGCCCCACUUGAGGCCUGGUGCCAUGGGGAGUCUUCCUAGCUCAGCUGCCUCGACAGUUCCCGCUGAGCAGCCCCACUGGGAAGUCUGUCCCAAAGGUCCUCCUCUUCGAGGCCCCCAGCCUCUCCAAGCUGCUGACAGGCCUGUUCAGAGCAGCCCUCAAAAUCGUUGGUCCAGUCAGUCAUUCCAGUCUCCAAAUGCCUGCUUAAGUGGCAAACCUCAUUUCUGUGGACCACGAACUCCCAGCUCAAGCUGUUCUACUCCCUCAAGGACUAUCUCUGGAUUAUUUCCUCGGGAGCCCGUACGACCCCGAGCUCCAUUGUCUUCUGUCGAGUAUCCUGUCAGCGCUCCAAAGAGCCCCCUUUCCUCUCUGGUUUCCCAAACAGCACUGCAGACGCCCAUAGUCACCAACCACCUGGUGCAGCUGGUCACUGCUGCCAACCGGACACCCCAGCAGCCCCCCCACCCCCCCACCCGUAUCAAAACACGCCGCUUCCCUGGCCCAGCCGGGAUCCUGCCUCACCAGCACAGUGGGAAGAAUCUGGAGGAGAUCAUGGUUUCCACACCCCAGACUCCGACUCAUGGGGCGCUAGCUAAAUUCCGGACAGAGAUUGUUACGAGUUCCCAGGCAUCAGUGGAAGAGGAUUUUGGGCGAGGACCAUGGCUGGCCAUGAAAUCUGCUCUGGGCCUGGAUGAGAGAGACCCCAGCUGCUUCCUCUGUACCUACAGCAUCAUCAUGGUGCUGCGGAAGGCAGCCCUGAAGCAGCUUCCCAGGAACAAGGUCCCCAACAUGGCAGUGAUGAUCAAGUCCCUAACUCGGAGCACAAUGGAUGCCAGUGUGGUUUUCAAGGACCCUACGGGAGAAAUGCAGGGUACCAUGCACAGGUUCCUGCUCGAGACACGCCAGAAUGAGCUGAAGCCUGGUUCAGUGCUGCUGCUAAAGCAGAUUGGAGUGUUUUCUCCUUCACUCAGAAAUCACUACCUCAACGUGACACCCAACAACCUGGUCCAUAUUUACAGCCCAGAUUCUGGGGAUGGGAACUUCCUUAAGCCUCCUCAGCCUUUCCCCAAGGAUUCAGGAAGUUUCCAUGGCCUCCAACAUGAAAACAUGAAGGCUAGAAAAGGCCACAUAACAGCACGGAACCCAGACGCAGGAGCACCCUCUGAGGAAGAACUCCCAGAAGCAGAUGACCUGGAUGGACUCCUGAGUGAGCUCCCUGAGGACUUCUUCUGUGGGACCAGCGGUUGGGACUGCUCCAGGGCAGGGCACCCACCCUGAGCCGAGCACCUCUCAGCACCCGGGCAAAGCUCUGGUUGUGUCUGAUAAUGUCCAAGGUUGAGAGGAAGACAAGCAAAACUGGAGAAUAGACGAAGCUCGGGACUUCUGUGGCUACCUCCGCCUGAAUGCUUUCCCAGGAAUGCCUCACCCCUCAGACUCUGCACUGCCACCCCUUUGGCUCUCCCUCUGGCCUACCAGGACUUGGCCCCAAGCUGGCUCCCUGGCCCUCUGUCCUCCAGGGUCUUGGGUGCAUUGCUCCUUCUUCUGCCAGCAGGGAAGGUGCAUCACUCUCCCACCUCAGCUUGACUUUAAAGUUAGACAGCUGGCCCAGUCUCUUAACUCCCUAAUUCCCGGACAGCCGAGGAGCCACGCCACAGCAGCAGUGACCUGUCCCCUUGGGCAGGGAAGGAACACACUCAGACUUCCCUGGGCUUUGUCUCUUGAGGCUUGUAGCUGUCCAGCUUGCCUGUACCCAAGGUUCCCAGGUGUGGAGGCAGGGGAGUGGCCGUUGUGCCAUGUUCUGAAAUAAAGCA